ACACUUCGCAUCAUUACCGCCGUAACGUGCCAGCCACUCAAUCCCCGUGCCGCUCGUCUCUCAUCACCUGAGACUAACGCUCAAGAAUUCGAACCCGAGGACAGAGGAGGCCAUGUAUGCUAAACGUUGCGCAGCUUUCGUUCUUUUCGUCGUGAUAGUCGUGAUAGUCGGCCUCGUGGACGCCACUGAAAAUUACGUGGACUACGGAGAAGAAAUGGCGGAGAAAGCGCCCGCGGAGAACAUCCACGAAUUGUACAGACUCUUGUUGCAACGCAAUACCUUGGAUAAUGGCUUUGGCGACAUCCCCCCGCAGCAAUUGAUACUCCGGAAGUCGCUGCGAUCGGCUUUAGCUGCGGGACAUCUUCGGUACGGUCGUUCUGGAUCACAAUUUUCCGCGAGAGCUCUGUCGAGACCUCUGGCUGUAGCGGGACGAUACGACGACAACAAUUAAUCGGUGAGGCUGUUCCAGGGACACCUUUCCGAUUUAUUUCUUGAUAAAAAACGCGCGACUACCCUCUUUACAAUAUAAAUUAUGUAUAAUUUAUCGUAAUCGCGUACAUUGUUUUGCGCGCGCGCUACCCAGACUGACGAGGGAAGAAUCUUCGAAAUUUUUUUUACGUCUCUAAAUUAAAAAAAAAAAACAGCAGUGCGGUGAAACCAAUUUUAUGCCAGUUCAGUCAUGACUUGUGUAAUCGGGCGAUUGACCGAUCGACGUAAAGAGAAACCGGAUUUAUCAUUGUUUGCAUGUUUUAUUUCCGCGCGCAUCAAUUCGGAGCAACGCUCCGAAUUCCUGUAUGACAAUUUUAUUUAUGGCAAUCAAUUCUUUCGCUUUGUAUGCGAUUUUGCUGGAUUCAGCAAUACGACGCAUACGACGCUGUUCGACUUAAGAGGAACCAACGCGUUUUGUGAAAUCCUUUCUGUACAAUUGCGCUCUCGCCAUUCUACCUCGUCAUUUUCAUUAAUUAAUGGCAGCGCUGUAAAAGGACACUUGGCCUAAGUCCUUCAUACGAUGUGGGAUAACAGUUUAAACGCUUCGAUCGCUACGAACGCUAUUGUUCCUUUAAUUACGUGGAUCGGCACAGAGAGAUAGAAACUACUUUGCAGCCCGCGCGCUAAGUAGUGGGUGUCCAGACUUUCGAGGUAAUUUGUCAACGGUGACUAGUACUGAAUCUGAUUUUCUUUAAGCAAAAUUAAAACGCUUUUUUUAAUGAUCAAUAUUUAAUAUUUUAUUUAACAAUUUCUUUUAAAUUAAAUCUGAUUAAACUGAUCGAUAUACCGCAAAUCCAUUAUUGACGUUACCAUUUACGCUUUUAAAUUUUAAUUUUCUAAAAGUCCUCUCUUUUUUUUUAUUAAUUCAAUUUUUUUAUUAAUUCAAUUAAAUCUUUCCCUGAAUAUUCUUCGAAAAAAAUAAGAAAUUUGUUGUAAAUAUAAUAGACGUAGUCUUACGAUAAAUGUGCCAAAUAAUAUGAUUGUUGUAUUAUAAAAGGAAAAAAAAAUAUCUGCAUCAUCUGUAUAACAUAUGAGUGAAGCCGAUCGUCGACGUCGCCAAUUGGCCAAUUACAAAAUAAAAUUUUCUAAUUGGUUAAUCCAGUGGAAAAACCAUCGAUCGUUACGAGUGGCCAUGGCCAAUCGCAAUGUGAUGAAAUAGAACGCUCCCAUGACGUGUAUAUAUAAAAAAGUAAAUAAUUAUUUACAAAUUUUACGCGUAAUGGGGAUCGAUCGCAAACUUUGAUGCAAAAUGCUGACUUUGUCAAUAUUAGUUAUUCGCCACAAAAAGAGGGUCGCGUCUUAAAUAUGUCGACAUGUCAAUUUACAAAAUUAAAAAUAAAUUAUUAUGUAACAUUGUGUCACAUUUAUUCCUCUGCAGCAAAUGUGUUUUACAAAAUUCUUGAUCUCCCAUGUAAAUCUCCCGCGGUAAAACACUUUACGUAGAUAUAUUCCAUGAAUGCGUCAUCUACUAGCGGAAUUACUGGCAAUCACGUUAGUUAUUAUUAAUGAAAUAAUAGUAGUUUGACUUCGAUGAGUUGAAGUUUUGCUGGUGACGGCAAUAACGAGGAAAGAAUGGGGAAAAAACGAGGAAACGCUUAAUUCAUGUCGCUAAAAAAAGUAAAAAGGAUUUUCUUAUCUUCCAAACAGAUUAAAGAGCCCGCAAAAACUUUCAGAAUGUAGACAAUAAAAUUGAAAUUGCAAACUUUUGAUGGUGGGAGAGUAGUUUGCACAAACUUCUACGCGAGCUAGAAGAAAUUGGUGACCGUUUAUUUCUAGAUACAUUAUGUAAAAUAUAAAAAACGCAGGCGACACUUUAACCGCAAGAUAUCUUAUCUUCGAAAGCUAUAAACGCCAGAAAAAUAUCUCGUAGAAAAAAACGUCUCUCCGUGCAAUAUAUUUCGAGUCAUUUUGUCAUUUUAUUGGGCAAAUGUAUAUAUAUAUUUGACAGAAUUAAAAGCCUCAUUAUAAUACAUAAUUACGAGCCUAUCUAAUAAAUUAUACGAGAAAUAUAUUACUUGACGCGUGCGAAUGACUUAUUUGAAACGUGCUGACCUGACAAAUGAGCAAAUCCUUUUGAUAGAUUGUGCCACUUCUUUAUCUUCAUGGCUCAAAUCCCCGACGUUCUUGAAUUCCGGUCUUAAAAGAAGUUGACUACGUACACGCUCCAAAGUAAUUGAUAGAGGCAUCAUUAAUGCCCUUGACCAGUUUGUCGCCUCGUAAUUAGCCAUAAACUGAAACAUACGCGAUUUAUUCGUAAGGCGUGAUUAGAAAUGUGCCAAACAAUAGAGUAAAAAUUUUCAUUUGUAAUUAUAUACAAAACUUCUCUGUACGACCAUGGCGGUGUUAUCAUCUGAUUUUAUCUGUUAUUUUAUAUAAAUUAUCAGGUUUACUCUGUUACGUGUAUUAUCUUUAAAAAACACUCCAAUAGAAUUCGGAUCUCUGAGCAUGCAUGUGCAAAUAAAGCAUGAUUAUAUAUAAUUAUAAUUGUGUAUACACAAAAUAAAGUGAGAUAUGACCAGACAUGGUCAUAUAGAAAC